GUCGAGUCUCCGUUUCACCCUCCCCAAAUUCCCCUCAAAUCGAUCUCCCCCGCACCCCGAAUCCCCGCGCCCCCGCGUCUGAAUCCGGCGCCCCCCGCCCCGAUCCGUCCGAUCCGCGCCGAAUCGCCGUUGCUCGGGGCGGAACCCUAGCCCGAUCUCCACCUGUUUCCUCGCGAUGGGCGCCGGUCGUGUCUGCCGCGGCGGCCCUUUCUCCGCCUCCCCCGCCGCUGGCGCCGCCGCGGGGCGGCCGUUCCCGCCGCUCACCGCGUCCUCCUCCUCAUCUCCUUCAUCGGCCCCUUCCGAGACAGCGUCCACGUCGGUCACCAAGACGGUGAACGGCUCCCACCACUUCAAGAUCGCGGGCUACUCCCUCUCCAAGGGGAUCGGCGUGGGGAAGUUCAUCGCCUCCGAGUCCUUCAACGUGGGGGGAUUCGACUGGGCGAUCUACUUCUACCCCGACGGGAAGAGCGGCGAGGAUGGCGCUGCCUACGUCUCGCUCUUCAUAGCCCUGGCCAGCGAAGGCACCGAUGUGCGCGCGCUGUUCGAGCUCACGCUCGUCGACCAGAGCGGCAAGGGGCAAGACAAGGUGCAUACCCACUUUGGGAGGUCUCUCGAGAGCGGCCCAUACACCCUCAAGUACCGCGGCAGCAUGUGGGGCUAUAAGCGUUUCUUCAAACGAGUUGCCCUGGAAACAUCAGACUAUCUUAAAGAUGAUUGCCUUUUAGUGAACUGCACCGUUGGUGUUGUUCAAUCACAUACUGAAGGACCAAAGAUAUACACAAUUCCAGUACCACGGUCCAACAUGGCUCUACAUAUUGGUCAGCUAUUGACAAGUGGGAAGAGGACAGACAUUGCAUUUGAAGUUGAUGGAGAGAUGUUUCCUGCCCACAAGGUGAUUCUUUCAGCCCGGUCUCCUGUUUUUAGGGCGCAACUUUUUGGUCCAAUGAAGGAUAAGGACAUGAAGUGUAUAAAGAUUGAAGACAUGGAGGCUCCAGUAUUCAAGGCUUUGCUCCAUUUCAUGUACUGGGAUGAGUUGCCGGAUCUUGAAGAGCUUACUGGUGUAAAUACAACUUGGGUAUCCACCUUGAUGGCUCAACAUUUACUUGCUGCUGCAGACCGUUAUGCAUUGGAGAGAUUAAAGUUGCUCUGUGAACUUAAGCUGUGUGAAGAUGUUGCAAUAAACACAGUGGCAAAUACUUUGGCACUGGCUGAACAGCACCACUGCUAUCAGCUAAAAACUGUUUGCUUAAAAUUUGUGGCUCUGCCUGAGAAUUUGAAAGCUGUCAUGCAAACCGAUGGGUUUGAUUAUUUGCAGCAAAGCUGUCCAUCCCUCCUGACCGAGCUUCUUGAAUAUGUGGCCAAGAUAGGAGAGCACUCCGUGAGCCCCUGCCUGUAUUCAACUGAAGUCCUUGAUGGUGGAGAUGCCAAUGGACGACGCGUGAAACCAAGGAUCUAACGGCUGCCCAGAUGAGCCUAGAAGAGGGAGUUCCUUGUCUUUUUUUUUUGUUGUUGUUGUAAAGUGAUUCCAAUGACGGGCGCCUUCUGUGGUGCCAUAAUCAUGCAUGUUGUAGCGUUGGUUUGUGUGUGUUGUGAUUUCCCCAGCCCCAUUGCUGCUACUGUAGAGGGACUGAUAUACAUCCUACUGACUAGACUGCGUUGCUGCUGCAAAGCAGCUUUUCAUCAUAUGCCAAGGAUGGUCUGGUGCAAAGGUUUGAUCAAUAUGUUCUGCAGAAGUUUUACCUUUCGCUAGGCCAGAUUUGUCGAUUCAUGGUCAUCUGUAUUGACUGUAUUCAAUUGAAAUGAAAUGUAUCCGUUGAAC